GUGAUAUCAAUUUCCAAACACUCUGAAUGUGUAUGUGUGUAAAGUAAGUGCAGCGAGAAUUGUGUUUCGAGGUAGAUUUUUUGUAUUUUACUCAAUUUUUAUUACAUAUCUAUCAGUAUUUCGCAUUAUAUAACACGAUCAUAAUAUUCCUAAAAGACUCGCUCAGUAUUAAAAGCAGCGUAGGUGUCGUUUCAUCGGUUGCUAAGUGUGCCAUUCGUACCAGCACUCAACCUCAUUAAAACCGUAGAAUUAUAAUCGUAUAUUGAGUUUUGGUAGCAUUUAGAGGUUAGUUUUUGCUAGAAAUUUACCUUUUAUAGUGGUAUUUUGUUACUCAGCUUUUGCCACGUUGGGUAAGCCCGAUGGCAAGAGGACACCAGAAACUACAGUCUCAGGCGAAAGCCAACGAGAAAGCUGCUAAAAUGAAAAAGCAGCAAGGUCACAAUGCUAACGAACAGAAAAAAGCUGCACAAAAAGCACUCGUACACGUUUGUGUUGUUUGUAAGGCGCAGAUGCCUGAUCCUAAAACGUACAAACAACACUUUGAAAACAAGCAUCCGAAAAAUGAUAUGCCUGAUGACCUGAAAUCUGUAACGGCUUGACGCUGCUUCAAUAUUGUUGAAACUAUUCUUACGGUUUGUUGAAUAAUAAUUUGUUUACUUUUUCAUUUAUAUACCUACGUAUUUUUUUUUUUUUUUUGUUAAAAAUUAGUAUUGUAUUUUCCCCUCAUUUUUUUUAUUUGUAUUUCGUGAAAUUCGUCAUGUAACCGACUAUGUUUCAAUUUGCUGAUGCUUAUCCCACAUUACCUCAUUCGAAAUUUGUACGACUCGAACAUGUAGUAUGUAUUAAAUUUAAAUCAUUUCCUAGGUACAAAUUUUUUCGUAUGUAAACUAAUUGAAAUAUUUUCGCAUUGUAAUUAUCAAAAUUUAUUGUGUGAUACUUUAAUUAAAUCGAAUAUGUGUAA